GGCCCCCGCCGUCGCCACCACCUGCGCGCCGUCGCCCCAGCCCCGCCCCCGAGAGCCGAGAGCUGUCGGCAGCCGAGGUCUGGCAGCGCUCGUCUCCUUGCCGGCUUGUUUACUACCAUGCCGCUGUACGAGGGCCUGGGGAGCGGCGGAGAGAAAACGGCGGUCGUGAUAGACCUGGGAGAGUCUUUUACCAAAUGUGGAUUUGCUGGAGAAACUGGUCCAAGAUGCAUAAUUCCUAGUGUGAUAAAAAAAGCUGGCAUGCCUAAGCCUAUCAAAGUUGUACAAUAUAAUAUCAAUACAGAAGAAUUAUAUUCCUACCUAAAGGAAUUCAUCCACAUACUGUAUUUCAGGCAUCUAUUGGUGAAUCCCAGAGACCGCAGAGUUGUGGUUAUUGAGUCGGUAUUAUGUCCUUCCCACUUCAGAGAGACACUCACUCGUGUUCUUUUCAAGUAUUUUGAGGUUCCAUCUGUCUUGCUUGCUCCAAGUCAUCUAAUGGCUCUUCUUACACUUGGGAUAAACUCUGCCAUGGUCCUGGAUUGUGGAUAUAGGGAAAGCCUGGUGUUACCUAUAUAUGAAGGAAUCCCAGUACUGAAUUGUUGGGGAGCACUCCCCCUAGGAGGAAAAGCUCUUCACAAGGAGUUGGAAACUCAACUAUUGGAACAAUGUACUGUUGACACAGGUGCUGCUAAAGAACAGAGCCUUCCCUCUGUGAUGGGUUCAAUUCCAGAAGGUAUCUUGGAGGACAUUAAAGUGCGCACUUGCUUUGUUAGUGAUCUGAAGCGUGGACUAAAAAUCCAAGCAGCAAAAUUUAAUAUUGAUGGGAAUACUGAGCGUCCCUCACCACCUCCAAAUGUUGACUACCCAUUAGAUGGAGAGAAGAUUUUACAUGUCCUUGGAUCAAUCAGAGAUUCGGUUGUGGAAAUCCUUUUUGAGCAAGAUAAUGAAGAGAAAUCAGUUGCCACUUUAAUACUGGAUUCCCUUAUGCAGUGCCCAAUAGACACUAGGAAGCAACUAGCAGAGAACUUGGUAGUCAUAGGUGGCACGUCUAUGUUGCCAGGAUUCCUCCACAGACUACUUGCAGAAAUAAGGUAUUUGGUAGAAAAACCAAAAUAUAAAAAAAUACUUGGCACCAAGACAUUCCGAAUUCAUACUCCACCUGCAAAGGCUAAUUGUGUAGCCUGGUUGGGAGGAGCUAUUUUUGGAGCACUGCAAGACAUACUUGGGAGCCGUUCAGUCUCAAAGGAAUAUUAUAACCAGACAGGCCGUAUACCUGAUUGGUGUUCUCUUAAUAACCCACCUUUGGAAAUGAUGUUUGAUGUCGGGAAGGCUCAACCACCUCUGAUGAAGAGAGCAUUUUCCACUGAGAAAUGAAAGUUUGAUUAAAAUUCAGCUUUGCUUCUUUUCAAAUAUCAAUUACAAGCAAACUGUACAAAGUAUAUAGGGUGGUGUUAGAGAUGACUUUAGUAGAAGUGCAAGCGUUUCUGUAAUUAUACUUCACAUUAGUAUUUAAUCAUUUUGCCUUUGGUGUAAUGGUAGAAUGGUAGCUGAUGCUUAUUGAAAUUAGUUGUAUUUAUAUCAAUAAAAUAUAGUAAAGCAGUUAA